AUGGAGUGGGACCACUUUGUGGAACACUACAACAAGGGCGGAGGUCGUGAGAUUGACCUAGAUUGGAUGCAGUUCUGCGCUCGCUAUAAUACGCUUCGGAUUCUUCUCGCGUUGAUACGCAAGAUUCUGGACCUGCAGUUGGGGUUGAGCAACGACAUACGAUACUUGAUGAUUCAACUCGAUUUCGCUCCCCGUGUCAUGGAGCUUGGUAUGAACGACAUUCGAGUUGUCGCCAAAUGA